GCGAUACACCUGCCCCACAAGCCACAUACGGCAAUUCACAAUUUCCGGUGAGGGAGACCGGCCGGACAAGACUACUAGAAGGCAUUGCCUCCUUUGUGGACAUUGAAUAUAUAAUGGCAAGAAUGGUUUUGAUGACCACAGGCAAACAUCCCACUGCAUCCUCCUUCGCUUCAACAUACUUGUCAACCCUUUUCUUGUGAUAUCGCAAGUCCGGACCAAUUAUAACGACACUAGGCUUAACCCAGAGUUCUCGGUUAAAUUAUAUUUUCCAACAAUCAUCACGAGUUGUUCUUGCACCCGAUCGGUACUCGCGCUACAAGAAUUUUACAAUGUCGUCGUUUCUGAUCAAGUCCACCAUGCUCAUCCUUCUCACCACCCUCGUCGGACCGAUUCAAGUUUCCGCCCAGUGUAAUCAACAAUAUCCCCAGGCGUGGUGGUUCUGUAGUGAAUCUGCCGCUUUCGAAAAUGGUUUACCGACGGCGAUCACGGAUUGUAGUAAACUAGAGGAUGCAGCUCCAAACAGCAGGAUGUGGGACCAUAUAAGACGUGUUGCAAAGAAAGUGUUCAGCCAAAUGCUAAAACCCCUGAAAGAAUCCUGCAAAAUUGCCAAAUUUCUGGGGAAAGCCAUUGGAUCCAAUGCGCAAGCUGGGUCCCUGGGGACACCCUGGGGACUGUCUCAGGACAUCCCUUCCCCCAAAGUUUUGAUAGUUGAUCCUACAAAACAUACAGAGUUGAUUGUCCAAAAACAACCAUGGUUUUGGGAGUUGGCACUGAAGUUCUACCCGGAGAGGAAACAAAACACUCAAGUCCAAGACUGUGAACUCUCAGACAUCAAGAGGAAUCCCUCUCAAUGGCUGAGAGCUCAGUGUAAACCUUUGGUAGAGAUGGGCGCUCCGCAUCCGGAUAUCCGUUCGGAUGCGGAUAUCCGCUCACAUUUUCAGCGGAAUUGCGCAUCCGCAUCCGCAUCCGCAUCCGCUGGCGGAUACCCGCUGGCGCUGGCGGGUAUCCGCGCGGAUAUCCGCCCCCUUUUAAGGCUUGUCGGGAGGAAUCCCUCCCGGCAAGCUGGAUUGUGUACCCUCUCGUCGGGAGGGAUUCCUCCCGGCGGUAUGGCCUCUCUUGGCACCGGGUAUCCCUUGGGAUACCCGGAUAUCCGCCAGGUCUGGGCGGAAAAACGGCCAUCCGCAGCCGAAUCCGCACCCGCUGGCGGGCAUCCGCUGGCCCUAGCGGGUAUCCGCCAGGGGAUAGCGGAUAUCCGCAGCGGAUUAUCCCCGCCCAUCUCUAACCUUUGGUGUUGA